UCAAGUAAGCACAGAACCGUAAAAAUAUUUAAUAUGCGCAUGUGCUCUACAGAGGGCGUUCAUAACAAUCAAGAUGGCGGAAUUUGUGAAUGUGAAAGAUUCCCAAAAUGUAGACAUGGAGGAAGAAAAAGAGCCAGGCAGUACCGAUGAAGAAUCAAGUGACGGCAGUGAUGAUGAUGCAGAUGACCAAGAGAUAAUUCUGCUUUUGGAGGAGGUGAACACCAACCCAUACCAAUAUGAUGGGCAUCUCAAAUUGAUCAACCUUCUGAGACAGGCAGGAGAGCUGGAGAAGUUACGCAAAUCGAGACAGAACAUGAGUGAGCUCUUCCCCUUGACUGGAGAACUAUGGAUGCAGUGGAUUCAAGAUGAGCUGAAAUUCAUGGAGAGCGGAGACGAUCGUCAGAAAGUCAUGGAACUCUUUGACAAGGCUGUGAAGGAUUAUUUAGCUCUGGAUCUGUGGUUGGAGUACUGCCAGUUCUCUAUCGGAGGCAUCGGUUCUCCGGAAGGAAUCGCUAACGCUCGUAGGGUCUUUGAAGAAGCCAUCAUGGCCGCUGGACUCCAUGUUGCUCAGGGCAGCAUGAUCUGGGCUGUAUACAGGGAGUUUGAGAAUGCCUUGCUAUCAACACUCCAGCCCCAGCCUGGCUCCAUCUCUUCAGCGGAGCAGCAGAAGGAAUUCAAUCUCCAGAUGAACAGAAUAUCUGUUAUCUUCAAAAGGCAGUUGGCAAUUCCACUGAUGGAUAUGGAGCAAACAUUCUGUGAGUAUGAUCAGUGGAUGUCAGACAUAGGGGAUGAGAUUCCAAACAACGUGAAGGAGUCGUACGCGAAAGCCCUAGACCUACUGGACACCUACAGACCACUGGAAGACAGUCUGCUGACGGCCGAGGCCCCCAAACUGACCGAGUACCUAGCUUACAUCGAGCAUGAGCUCAAACAAGGCAAUCCAGCGAGGAUACAGUGCAUCUACGAGAGGGCUUUAGUAGACAACUGCCUCAACAUGUCUCUAUGGAAGGAAUACACUUCGUAUCUGGAUGAGCACCUGAAGAUCAGCACCGUUGUGUUGCCUGUGUAUGAACGAGCCGUGCGAAACUGCCCCUGGUGCUUCUCACUGUGGCAAGGUUAUCUCAUAGCUCAAGGGAGACACGAGGAACCCUUUACCAGUGUACAGGCUGUGUUUGAGAAGGCUUUAGUAGCAGGUUUCUCAUCGGCACCUGACUACCUUCAGCUGUGGCAGACCUAUGGGGACUACCUUAGGAGAAGGAUACAGUGGGACAAAGAGCAUGUUGACGAUGUGGAAAUAUUUAGGAAAACCAUGGAGCGAGCGAUCAUCUACCAAGCACAGUAUUUUGAUGCUGAAGGAGAUCCAUCAUCAAGUUUGCAGCAAUACCUAGCUUUUGUCGAGGCCAAGUACUGCCAGAAUGUAAUGAGGAUGCGAGAGCUGUGGAAUGACAUCAUGUCUAUGGGUCACGCCAGCCAGGCUCAGAUGUGGCUACAGUACGUCAAUCUAGAAAGACGCUUUGGUGAUGCCAAACAUGUGAGGAAAACGUUCCACCGUGCAAUCCACUCGGUCAGUGACUGGCCCGAGACAGUCUUCGAGGCAUUCCUGAACUUUGAAAGAGAGGAGGGGACACUGGACACCUGGUGCGCAGCGGUGAAGAGAGUUGAAACCCAGAUGAAGAGGGUCACAGAACAGAGAAACCGGGCAGCAGAACAAGAAUCAUCAUGGUCGAAACAGGAGGACGAGAGAGGAUCAGAGAACAGGACCAAGCAGAGAAGUGAGAGAAAGGGAGGCAAGAGAUCGUUCGAUGAACCAGGAACUAGUAAACAAACCUUUAAGAAACAGAAGAAAAAUUCCCUGCCAGAUUCCAAUCCUAGACUAGACGCUAGAGUUGACGGAGAGGCGGGACCAUCUACAUCGUCUUCUUCAACAUCGUCAUCGUCUUCGUCAGCAUCAUCAUCAUCAUCAGCUCCUGUGUUCAAAAUCCCACAACUGCCAGCACCAAGAGUAGGACCAAACGAUGAGGAUUUAAAACCGGUUUCAGACAGAGUGAAGGACAUCGACAUGGAGGACAUCCCAGCAAAGGAGAGUCUCAAUGACCAAUCCGUGGAAUUCCAGAUGGCCAUGAACCCUAAGAAGAAGAAGCCCGAGCGUGACAACAACGACCCAAGGACGGUGUUUGUCAAGAAUCUAGGCUAUAACGUCACAGAGAAGAGGAUCAGGAAAGUCUUUUCAGAGUGUGGCACUGUCAGGGAUGUUCGAAUGGUAACUAACUACCAGAAGAAGUUCAAAGGUUAUUGCUAUGUUGAGUUUGAAGAUGAGGAGUCUGCCAAGAACGCGCUGAAGAAGGACAGAGAAACCAUCAAUGACAGACCCAUGUAUGUGGACCCUUCAAAAGACAGAUCAGGGGCACCCGCAGAAAAGAAGUUCUUGUAUGAAAACAAGAUGGAGAAGAAUAAACUCUUUGUGAGUGGCUUACCUAGGACACUUACGACGGAAGAGCUGGAGAAAACCUUCAGUAAGUUUGGUAAGCUGAAGGGUGUGCGUAUUGUGACGUUCAAGAGUGGAGUCCCCAAAGGUCUAGCUUAUGUGGACUUUGAAAAUGAGGCCAGUGCGACAAGGGCUGUGAUGGGUCUAGACAACACCCAGAUAGGUGAACACACCAUCACCGUGGCGAUCAGUAACCCUCCCACAAGGAAAGCACCCCUCAAGGAUGCCGCUCCUGCUGCUGCUUCAAAUCCCCCGGAGAGGGGACAGAAAUCUCUGGGUGCCAAGGGCAUCGUUGGACCCAGGGGUAAAGGCCGCACCCAAAUCUCACUGUUACCCCGAUCGCUUCAACACCAAAAACCAGCAUCAGGCAAGCCCAAGCCAGCAUCAUCCUCCGUCGCCAUGGAAACCAAUGAUGCUGCCAGCAAUGGCAAGUCUGAGGGAGAAGGCCUGAAGGAAACUAAGAUGUCAAACUCUGAUUUUUCUAAAAUGUUUCAGAAAUAAUGCAGCAAGAGCUGUGCAGAUUCCUGGAUAUUCCCGGGACUUCUUUGGUCUGUAUUCGUAAGAUGGGACUAACUUUAGGCCAGGUUUGAUCCCAGACUAAGUGAGCCCAUGUAUGUACGAAGCGCCAGGUUUAAUACUCCUAAGUCCUUAUUUCGUGAAAUGACCACAAUUCUGUGUCUGCAUGCAAGGAUAACAAAAGUCACGCUGUCAUGAAAUCCACCUUUCAUUUCUUUGUUAUAAUUUAAUUAAUUUUGUCUGUUAGGAGCCAGAUGGGCCUGAAGUUGAACUCAAAGCCAAACAGACGAUUCCAUGUAUUAAUUUUGUUACAGAAUUACUACCCUGGCUUGAAUUACUAUAACAAAACAAUGUUAUUGAGGCACGUCAAAUGUUGUCACCAACAAUGAUGCAUUUUUUUUUGCAUUCCAGACCAAUCUUUUUUGGUUCCACUACAUUUCGCUAAGGGAUCUGAACACUGUGCCACUUUAAUACACAAGGCAUGUACUCAUAUGAACAUGGUAAUGCAUUCUGGUUAUGUACAACGACAGCUUACUUAAGUAAAAUGAAUUAGAUUGCAUGACACAAAUCUCACUGGAGCGCUUAAAACUAUGGAUUGAAUUCUUGUAACUUUGAGAGAUUAACAAAUAAACAUUAAAGAAUACUUUUUUUGAAAACUUAACCCUUUUCUGUUGGCUGAAAUAGUGGAUCACUUAAAGAAAAUGAGGCAACAUGCUGUAUAUUUUUAAAAGAAUUUGAAUUUGGAAAGUGUCAUUUUUUCAUUUUUUUAUGUAAGUGGAAGUAUACUUUUCAAUACACACUUUGACGGAAUGUGUUUGGGGCAACGAGGAGCACACCCUGUACCUUUUAACUUGCAGCUGAAAUUCUUUUUUUGUUCCGUCUUGGAUUUUUAGAUUUGAUUAUCCAGCUCUUGCUUGUAAAUUUUUGUUACAAUGUUGUUAACAUCUGUGGUACUAAAGAUUUAAGGGGAAAAUGAUCUAUUCUAGAAUCAGAAUAUAUGCAGUUGUGCAAGCAAAGUCAUCUUCAUAAAAUCAUGAUAAUGAGAAUUUUUUCCCCCAAGGCACCAAGUGUACAUUAUUCAUGUGUCUGUGGAAGAAGUUUUUUAAUCUUGUCAAGUCUCACCAAAAAAUAUAAUUUGCAUUUGAAGUGUAAAACACCAUAUGCCUCCAUCGUCAAAGACAAUGCUGAGGUUUUGUUUAUUUUUAUGUAUUCUAUAAGUUUUCCUGUCGGGAUACUUGAACAGAAGUCAAGCAACUUCAAGACAAAAUUUACA